AUGCAGGUGGCCGACACCCCUAAUCCACCGAACUCACCAAGGCACGACGUUCGCCUGUUGAUUUUACCUCUCCUUGUAUUUCUUUCUAUGUGUUUAUUCGUCUUGUUACUGGUGAUUGCAUGUGUCGCGCUUUCUCGCCAUCGCCGAGGUGGCAUGCUCAAUCACUCCAGUGGCCCCAUUGAUUUGGGUAGAGAGGAAUUUGUAAACGGAGAGGGCGGUUUCGAAGGUCUUGAAUUUCGUUGGCUAGAGAGUGCCAUCGAAUCAGUGCGUAGGUCAUAUCUUAAAGCUAAAGUUUACCAACUCCAGCAUCCACCCAACUCUCAUCCAACCGAUAUAACCUUAUCCCAAUUCCUGUAUAUUCAGGAAAAGGGCGUCUCAGCGUGGUGUUUCGAGCCUGAUUGUGACACCAUCAAUUAUUUGCUGGUUCACGCGCGGACCGAGAUUACUUUCCUUCCCGACCCUGCCUCGUCUUCUUGCGUGCAAUCCAAUCUCCCUCUGCCCAAGUUAAACGAAGUCUAUUAUUGGGAAGUCAAGAUGUUUGAUCUCCCCGACUCCACAGCUGUAGCCAUAGGCCUGGCAACAAAACCUUACCCUACCUUUCGUUUACCGGGAGUCAAUCGCUACUCAAUUGCAUAUCAUUCGAAUGGGAAUAAAUCUUAUAACUAUCCCUUCACUACGUCAUCAUUUGGACCAAUAUUGAGAGAAGGAGAUGUACUUGGUGUUGGAUAUCGUCCUCGCACUGGUAUCAUUUUCUUCACUCGCAACGGAAGAAAGUUGGAGGAUGCCUUCGUCGGCUUCAGUAAAUGGAAUUUAUUUCCUACGAUAGGCGCUGAUGGUCCCUGCAGCGUACAUGUUAAUUUUGGACAAGCCGGAUUCGUAUUCAUCGAAGCCAACGUCAAAAAAUGGGGCUUGGCCCCUUGCGCGGGAACCCUUGCACCCCCCCCUGCCUAUGGCAGCGAACGAGGUAGUAUCCUAUUGGAUGUUGGAAGAGAGCUGCAUGCAUCUGUAUCAAACACUCCGAGUGAACUAUCCACCACAACCAGAUUCUUGCAGCAAGUGCGACGACCCAAGAGAGGAACACGCAUUGCACCAGCUUGGCAUAUCAGAAAUCACAUGGAUCUCACAUCUACAUCAACUGCAUCAACGACAACCGCUAUCGAAGAUGGAGUUGGUCAGGUUGUUAGUACUCCAAACAGAGUUAUUUCCGUUUCCCCAGCAGACACUAGACCCAUUAUUCCAGAAGGUGACUUUGUCUAUUCUGAGACCGAGUUGUCGCGACGGAUAUUAUUAUCAGGUUGUGUCACUUAA